AUGGCAUUUGAGUACUUCCUUAACUCCUCUCGAGUACCUGGACCUCAUCUUGGGCCGAAAAUCGGUCCUGAUCGGAGGAGAUUGCGGUUCCGAUCCAGUUCGCAGCAAGCCUUGCUUCGGCCUCUCUGGGCGGCUGAGUCGAGAUUUCGCGAUUCAAGCUUGGACCUGCUCAAACUUUCGCUUUUUUUGGGCAGCGGGUGGAGGUCACGUCGAGGCGCUCUGCUCUCGCUUUCUAACUUUGGGCUUCUGCACUCGAACCUCAAUUUGGAACGACGCGAAAUAGAACAUUUUCGUAACCCCCCGAUCGUUCAGCCAGCUCAAGCAAUACAGAUUUGUCCGCGACUGAGAUUAACGUCUCCUGCUGGACCAGCUGCUCGCAAGCUCUCAGAAUGGCAGAAGACUGGACUCAUCCGAGCUAGAACUGUUGAAAAAGGGUAUUUUGAAGGCAAAAUGAAUGGCAAAUGUCUUCUAAAGUGCUGA